AUGAAUUCCUCGUCGUUUUACUGUGGGGUGUUUGGGUUACUUCUUGUUGGAGUCCUCUUUCCAAUGCGGGAGAACCUCAAUGAAUUCAGUCAAACUGUUCUGUUAAUAGGAUUAUCGACUGUUGGCUCCUUUGCGGCAUUUGAAUUAACCCCACAUAUAGCGGAGAAGUGUAUUCAAAAAGGGUUAUAUGGUCUUGAUAUAAAUAAAGGGACGAGUGAUAAAGUAGCUGAAUCGAAUGGAUUAGUCACAGGAUUAGUAUUUAUGUUUGUGACGAUGAUCUAUUCUUUAGUACUUUCAAACCAGAAUUAUACUAUUAGUUUAUUAGUCAUUGUCUUCACUUUUUUGAUUGGAGUAAUUGACGACUUUUUGGAUAUUCGAUGGAGGUAUAAACUGAUAUUAUCGUUCUGUGCGUCGAUAUUAGUAGUUGUAUUAUAUCCAGGAACUACUGUACUAUUUGGAUAUAAAUUGUCAUGGUUCUAUUUACUCUGUUUGGUCUGUCUUUCCGUCUUUUUUGCGAAUUCUAUUAAUAUGUAUGCGGGGGUUAACGGCCUUGAAUCGGGACAAUGCUUAAUCAUUAGCGCUUUUGCCAUGUUGCACAACGUCAUCACUUUAUUCGCAAACGUCUCAGAAAGUCAACAUACUGCAGCACUCGCUUCUCUACAACUCUUGAUCCCAUUUUUUGCUAUAACUUUAGUUCUGUUUUACUAUAACAAAUUCCCAAGUAAAGUCUUUGUUGGGGAUUCGUUCACAUAUUUCUCGGGUGGAGUACUUGGUGUGGCUUCCAUUAUUGGCGGAUAUGACAGAUUGAUGUUAUGUUUAUUUAUGCCAGAAUUAAUCAACUUUGUGAUCUCCAUUCCGCAAUUGUUCGGUUUCAUUUUCUGCCCAAGACAUCGACUCCCAAAAUUGAAUAAAGAAACGGGAAAACUCGAGUGCGUCAAAACACAUUUCACGUUCCUCAAUUUAGUUUUGUUCAUCUUCGGGCCAAAAACAGAACACGAGCUUGUAAACCUCAAUUUUGUCAUUCACUCAAUCUCUUGUGUGGUCGUCAUGAUUCUCGCCUACACCGUUUUUUCGCCUUUACUCAUCGACAAUUUUUAA